GAAACCAUGCUGUGUCCCUCCCUCAGCCUUUCCUUUUGGGCUCUUCCCUGCAAUGAAAAAUUCCAGCAACCGCCUCUGAUACAGUUCAUAAUUUCUUCAGCAACAGCCUGCAAGAAUGGAUUCUUGCUGGUUGAUCUUAUUCCAUGACAUCUUGAGCCCCAGCAGAAAAUUCAGCUUGGACUCUGACCCGGUGAAGUUAAUGACCCUUGGAAAACGUUAAGACCCGGUCCUCAAUGAACACUAUUGCACCUUCUGUUUGCUCUUCUUAUGAAUGCACGUUACAAAGCUUGGCGAUAGCGUAUAUGUGGUGCAAUAUUAAGGCUAGGAAUAUUAGCAAGUUUUAUUUUUGCUCUGCCAAAUCUGUCAAGAGCCAGCAAAGUUCUGUCACUCAGCCUGCUUGGCUUAUUGCUUGUUGGAAUUUGGAAGUUCUGAAUCUAAACCUGAUUUGAUUUGAAUGUCUCUCUAGCCUCUUGUUAUUUAUGCUUCUUAAAUGAUGGGGGCACGAAGCCUGAUUCCUUUUUCCUUUGGGUUUAGUGAAAUUUGAGGUGGAAGAGGGCAAAACGCUCAUUGGCGAAAGACGCCCUGUAAGCAUGGCAGUGCCCACGUUGUGAGGUGCGUUGUGAGGGGUUCCUUGGAGACUGGUUUCCUUGUGUAAUUGCUCUUUUCUGAUGGAGUAACAGACUGCCACUCACACGCAGGACCGACGGCUGUUAUUUCAUUUUCCUCGUAUUCAAUUCCUUUUUAUUCAUAGGGGAUUAAUUUUGCCGGGAGCUCGGAGCGCACCUGUCUCACGGAGGCGGUUCCACUAAUUUCCACCCCGCCACCUGCACAGACAGGUCUUUCGGAAGCGCCUCCUCAGCCUAAAGCCUUUAUUCCAUACAGCUUUUAUUCCGAGACUCCUGCACUUCGUCCCUACACCGGGCUAACCGCUCCCUGGGGCGGCAAACCGGCCAACGGGUGGGAACAGCUCCCGCCGGCCGUUAACGGGCGGCAGCCUCCGUCCCCUCAGCACCCCGGGAGUGGGGGGGGGGGAGGGAGAUCAGGUCAACCCGUCCCCCGGGACGGAGACCAGCGAGUCAAGAUGAGAGUUCGGCGGCGGCGGUGGCGGCAGCGGCAGACUCAAGAAUGAACAAUCCGUCAGAAACCAGUAAACCAUCGAUGGAGAGUGGAGAUGGGAACACAGGCACGCAAACAAAUGGCCUGGACUUUCAAAAGCAGCCUGUGCCUGUCGGAGGAGCAAUCUCUACAGCCCAGGCCCAGGCCUUCCUUGGGCACCUUCAUCAGGUCCAGCUCGCUGGAACAAGUUUACAGGCUGCUGCUCAGUCCUUAAAUGUACAGUCUAAAUCUAAUGAAGAAUCUGGGGACUCUCAGCAGCCAAGCCAGCCUUCCCAGCAGCCUUCAGUGCAGGCGGCCAUACCCCAAACCCAGCUCAUGCUGGCCGGAGGACAGAUCACCGGGCUCACGUUGACGCCAGCCCAGCAACAGUUAUUGCUACAACAGGCGCAGGCACAGUUGCUGGCAGCUGCAGUGCAGCAUUCAGCCAGUCAGCAGCACAGCGCUGCUGGUGCCACCAUCUCGGCCUCUGCUGCAACGCCGAUGACGCAGAUCCCUCUAUCUCAGCCAAUACAGAUUGCACAGGAUUUGCAGCACUUGCAGCAGCUUCAGCAGCAGAAUCUCAACCUGCAACAGUUUGUGUUGGUGCAUCCAACAACCAACUUGCAGCCAGCACAGUUCAUCAUCUCACAAACACCGCAGGGGCAGCAGGGUCUCCUGCAAGCGCAGAAUCUCUUAACGCAACUACCUCAGCAAAGCCAAGCCAACCUCCUGCAGUCUCAGCCAAGCAUCACCCUUGCCUCGCAGCCAGCAACCCCAACACGCACAAUAGCAGCGACCCCCAUUCAGCCACUUCCACAGAGCCAGUCAACACCAAAGCGAAUUGACACUCCCAGCUUGGAGGAGCCCAGUGACCUUGAGGAGCUUGAGCAGUUUGCCAAGACUUUCAAACAAAGACGGAUCAAACUUGGAUUCACUCAGGGUGAUGUUGGGCUCGCUAUGGGCAAACUCUAUGGAAAUGACUUCAGCCAAACUACCAUCUCUCGCUUUGAAGCCUUGAACCUCAGCUUUAAGAACAUGUGCAAGUUAAAGCCACUUCUGGAAAAGUGGCUCAAUGAUGCAGAAAACCUCUCAUCUGAUUCAACACUCUCCAGCCCAAGUGCCCUGAAUUCUCCAGGGCUGGGGGGCGAAGGCUUGAACCGUAGGAGGAAGAAACGCACCAGCAUAGAGACCAACAUACGUGUGGCCUUAGAGAAGAGUUUCCUGGAGAACCAAAAGCCUACCUCGGAGGAGAUCACCAUGAUAGCUGACCAGCUAAACAUGGAGAAGGAGGUGAUCCGCGUUUGGUUCUGUAACCGGCGCCAGAAGGAGAAAAGGAUCAACCCACCCAGCAGUGGUGGAACCAGCAGCUCGCCCAUCAAAGCAAUUUUCCCUUGCCCAACCUCACUGGUGGCAACCACGCCAAGCCUUGUGACUAGCAGUGCAGCUACUACCCUGACUGUCAAUCCUGUGCUCCCUCUGACCAGUCCUGCUGUAACUAGUCUGUCAGUCACAGGCACAACAGAAACCAACUCCAACAACACAGCAACAGUGAUUUCAACAGCACCUCCAGCUUCUUCAGCAGUGACAUCACCCUCCCUGAGUCCUUCCCCUUCUGCCUCAGCCUCCACUUCAGAGGCAUCCAGUGCCAGUGAGACCAGCACAACACAGACAACCUCCGCUCCCUUGUCCUCCCCUCUUGGGACCAGCCAGGUGAUGGUAACAGCAUCAGGGUUGCAAACAGCGGCAGCAGCCGCAUUACAAGGAGCUGCACAGUUGCCUGCAAAUGCAAGUCUCGCUGCCAUGGCUGCUGCAGCAGGACUAAACCCAGGCUUGAUGGCAUCCUCGCAGUUUGCAGCUGGAGGUGCCUUACUCAGUCUCAAUCCAGGGACAUUAGGUGGUGCUCUCAGCCCAGCCCUGAUGAGCAACAGUACACUGGCAACUAUUCAAGCUCUUGCAUCUGGUGGCUCUCUUCCAAUAACAUCACUGGAUGCAACUGGAAACUUGGUGUUUGCCAAUGCUGGAGGUACUCCUAACAUCGUAACUGCCCCCCUGUUCCUGAACCCUCAGAACCUUUCUCUGCUCACCAGCAACCCGGUUAGCUUGGUCUCUGCAGCUGCAGCCUCCGCAGGGGCCUCUGGACCAGUCGCCAGCCUUCACGCCACCUCCACCUCAGCCGAGUCCAUCCAGAACUCUCUCCUCACGGUGGCCUCUGCGAGUGGGGCCACGUCCACCACCACUACUGCCUCCAAGGCACAGUGAGCCGGGCUGAGCUGUGCUGCCAGCAGCCUGCUUCACUGUGCGGUGGGAUUGGCUGCCAGCGGGGUUUAUAAACUGAAAAAUGUGAUGGGCAUCCUCUCGCCGUGUUGCUGGGGACAAGGGAGAGAAAGAAAAAGAUAAAAAACAAAAGCAAAACAGGAAGGAUUUAAAGCUGGGACAGACAUUUGCCUAAUUUUAUAAUAAACACUGUCUUUUCA